GAAGUCAUGUAGCAUAGUGUGUAAUACGCACGUUAUUUAAUAUUCUAAUAAAGAUGAUAUUCUUGACAUAAAUCAACUCAUAUGUAUAAAUUAUAUAGAAUAGAAAAAUAUUCAUAUAUCAAUGAUACUUGAUUAUUAUAAAUAUAAUAUAUUAUAAUAAAUAAAAUUAAAUAAAAUGUUGAAAUCGAUUUGUAAUGUAACAAGUUAACCUCAACGUGUCUAUCUUCAAAUACAUGCGAUUUGUAGCGGAUAGGUAUUAAAAAAUGGCUAGAAUGCUGAAAUUUCUUCAGACAAUAAGAAAUAAUUGGAAAAAAUCGGCAUUUGGUGCUGUUGCCUUAUCAUAUGGAGUUUCAUACAGUAAAGAAUCAUAUGACACCCAACAAUUGAUGAGACAAUAUUGUGAAGAUGUAAUAAAAUAUGGAGAUGAACCUUGUCCUACAACCAUGAAACCUCGUCAUGUUACAGUUAUAUUAAAUCCUGCUGCAAAAAACAGAAAAGCAAAAAAGUUAUUUGAAGAUUACUGCGAGCCAUUAUUACAUUUAGCUGGAAUUGCAGUAACAAUUGUGCAAACGGAAUCAACAAGUCAUACGCGUAGUGUAGUGGAAAAUUUAGAUACUCCAACUGAUGCUAUAAUUGUAGCAGGAGGAGAUGGUACUUUAUCUGAUGUUAUAACUGGUAUAAUGAGAAAAUACAAACAAAACGUUCAUUCUGUCAAACAAUGUCCAAUUGGUGUUUUACCAUUAGGAGAAACAAAUACUGUUUCUCGUGCUUUAAAUCCUUGGUGCUUUGAUGAUUUACUUGAAAUACGUGAGAUGACAGAAGCUACAAUGGCUAUUAUAAAAGGCCACCAUAAGUUUAUAGAUAUUAUUGAAGUUUAUUCACUUCAAGAAAAUCCUGAAAUCGAAUUAAAACCAGUCUAUGCAGCUGGAACAAUAGAAUGGGGUGCUUGGCAAGAUGCAUAUGUACAAAGAAAUAAGUAUUGGCUUGGAAAAACUUUAAGAAAAUAUGCAACUUACAUAUUUAAUGGUUACAAAGAUAAUUUAAAUUGGAAUUGCAAUGGAUUGUUGAGAUAUACUGAACCUUGUACAGGUUGCUCACAUUGUUAUCAAAAUAUAAAUGUCGAUCAAUCUACGCAAACAAAUAAAAGAUGGUGGCAUGCAUUUGUGCCAAAAAAAGCAACAUUUACAUCAGAUAUGGUAAUUGACUACAGCAAAAUAACGAAUGAAAAUUGUGGCAUUUUUUACGAAGUUCCUAUUUCAACAACUGACUUAUACAUAAAAACCUCAACUAUAGAUAACGCCGAACUUCAAAAACAUUCUUCAUUAAAAAUACAAUUAGGUCCAAAAGAUAUAGAUUAUAUGUCAUUUGUUAGUGAAGGUUGGAAAAGAAUAAAUGGAAAUAGAACUUUAAUAAAUUCCUCAUUUGAAGCAAAGGAUAUUGAAUUGUAUCCUGAAAAGAAUGAUGAACGAGUAUUUUAUAUUGAUAACGAGGAAUUCGAUUUAACAGCAGUUAGAAUGAAAUUACUUCCACAAUGUAUAAAAAUAUUUUGUUCUAAUAAGAAAAACAUCAAUACACUAAGUAGAUAAUA